CCCCCCACGCCGCACCUACCACAAACCCCAAGUCAGAGAGCAAACUCUCAAAAGCAUCUCCCACUCCCAGGUCCCAAUGGCAGCUCCGCCCUUCUCCGUCAAUCUCCGUUCCACCGGCGACUCGCCGCCGCCCACCGCCGCCCUCCUCGCCCACUCCCAGUCCCACUCCGCCGCUUCUCCCCACCCCCCCACGGCCUCCCGCUUCCUCAUGCUCCUAACGGCCGCCCUCGCCCUCGCCACCGCCUACCUCCUCCUCCUCCGCCCGCCCAUCUCCACAGUGUCCGCCGCCGCACCCCUUGCGCGGCCGCUCUCCAAGCUCCCGAAGCCGGUGGUCCUCCUAAUAUCCUCCGACGGCUUCCGCUUCGGGUACCAGUACAAGGUCCCCACGCCGCACAUCCGCCGCCUCAUCGCCAAUGGCACCUCCGCCGCCGAGGGCCUCAUCCCCGUCUUCCCCACCCUCACCUUCCCCAACCACUACUCCAUCGCCACCGGCCUUUACCCCUCCUCCCACGGCAUCAUCAACAACUUCUUCCCCGACCCCAUCUCGGGGGACCACUUCAACAUGGGUUCUCACGAGCCCAAGUGGUGGCUCGGGGAGCCCCUCUGGGUCACCGCCGCCGAUCAGGGGGUUCAGGCGUCCACGUACUUCUGGCCGGGCUCGGAGGUGAAGAAGGGCUCCUGGGACUGCCCCGACAAGUAUUGCCGCCACUACAAUGGCUCCGUGCCAUUCGAGGAGAGGGUUGACGCGAUCCUUGGUUAUUUUGAUCUUCCGGUUGACGAAAUGCCGCAGUUUCUGACACUGUACUUUGAGGAUCCAGAUCACCAGGGGCACCAGGUAGGUCCCGACGACCCACUUAUCACAGAUGCGGUGAAGCGGAUUGAUGAAAUGAUCGGAAGGCUCAUCACUGGUUUGGAAGCUAGGGGCGUGUUUGAGGAUGUGAACAUUAUAUUGGUCGGGGAUCAUGGGAUGGUUGGGACCUGCGACCAGAAGCUAGUGAUUCUCGAGGAAUUAGCUCCUUGGAUUGAGGUGAAGAAUGACUGGGUUCUAUCGACGACACCAUUGCUGGCAAUCAGGCCUCCAGAUGGUGUGUCACCAGCUGAUGUCGUGGCGAAAAUGAAUGAAGGGUUGGGGUCUGGGAAGGUGAAGAACGGGGAAUAUCUGAAGAUUUAUUUGAAAGAGGAUUUGCCUUCUCGCCUGCACUACUCUGAAAAUUACAGGAUACCACCAAUUAUUGGGCUGGUAGAUGAAGGUUAUAAGAUAGAGAAGAAGCGAUCGAAGAGCAAAGAGUGUGGAGGGGCGCAUGGGUAUGACAAUGCCUUCUUCUCAAUGAGGACAAUAUUUUUUGCACAUGGACCUCGGUUUGAGAGGGGUAGAAUGGUGCCCUCCUUUGAGAAUGUGGAGAUAUACAAUGUUAUUGCUUCCAUUCUUAAUUUGAAGCCAGCUCCAAACAACGGUUCAGCUUCCUUUCCUGGAACUGUUCUUUUGCCAAGUGAGUAAAUGAUCACAGAUGUACACAAGGGCUGUGGUUUUAGAGGACAAAAGAUACUCUGAUGGUAUUAUCUCUUGUUGUAUUUGUAUUUGUACACUUCUUAAAUUUGACUUCUGCCCCAUGCAGCUAUUCACUACUGCUGAUACUUCUACUAGAGUGUCUUUUUUCCUUAAGGUUAUCAUCUGGUUAUGUGAAUCAUGUUCAACCUUCGAUUUUCUGUUAUGACAAAUGAAUCACUUGUGCUUCUUUAA